AUGUCAUUUGCUUUCGGAUUCACGGACGAAGAUUUGGUAGACGAAAAUGGCUUUUCUGAUUUAACUCGCAAACCAGCAAUUCCUCAAACAAAUGAUGCUUCCCCCUUGGACAAUUUAACCGAUGACUAUGAUGCUAGUGUCGCUCCUCAAUGGCAUAGCAUUGAAAGCAUACUUGAAAGUCUUGAAAACAUUCGAAUGUCGUUUGAAGAAGUCGACACGCCUAAGAAUAAGAUCACCGUUUACAGAAGAGAGCUUUUCGAUGUCAAACAUCAACUUAUGUCUGAAAACGAACCAGAAGAAGGCGUAGAUUCUGAUGCCAAAUAUGUGUUUGAAGAGAAUGAUCUUCACAAGAAUGUUUAUGAAGGAGGGUUUAAAAGCUGGGAGUGUUCCUACGAUAUAAUAGAUAAACAAUAUGAUUUGAUAGACUGUUCCAAUUAUUUGGAGAUGGGAUGUGGAACGGCGUUGCCCUCUGCAUAUCUCUUGAGUGAUAUGUUUAAAAGAGAUGCUGCUGAAUUUGACAACCCAAAGAAGAUAAUUUUAUCUGAUUUCAAUUAUCUGGUUUUAAAAUUAGUCACUGUUCCUAAUAUUGUUUUCAAUUGGUACAUAACUCGUCACAAGGGAGAACCCUUUUGGGGGUCGUCAAUUCCUUCAAAUGAAAUUAUAAUGUCACGACAAUUAAUUGAUAAGUUUCUUGAAGAUUUGAAGCUUUAUAAAUUAACGAUCGAUUUAAUUAGUGGGUCUUGGGGUUUAAAAUUCGCCCAUAUGAUUCAAGAUUUAAAUAUCGAUUUGGUAAUUACAAGUGAAACCAUUUAUUCACCCGAGACUUUCCCGGUAUUAAGUGAAGUGCUUAUACAUUUAAAGAGGUUGAAUAGAAUGUGCCAGAUUAUCGUUGCUGGUAAAUCUAUUUAUUUUGGAGUUGGAGGUUCUAUAGCUGAUUUUGUUAGUUAUUGGAACCGUAGAACUGGCAAGUAUCCUUUAGUUGAAGAGAUUUCCGAUGGUGGACUUAAACGACUGUUAGUGUACAUUCAGUAA